AUCAAGUAUUAGUAGGAAGAAAAGUUGUGACAGAGAUUUUCUGACGUCACUUCCUGCCUUCCAGCUUACAUUAGCAGCAGGCAGUGAACAAAUAAACAUAUGGCAGAGUCAGGUUAUCCUACUUAGAACUAGUUAGAACUACACAUGCGGACGUAUCUUGUGUGGCUGUGCUUUCUCAGAAAUGUAUGAAUGUAGUGUUGACAAAAAUCAGGCGUGGUGAGGAACAGCUUACAGUACCCAUAAUUGCCACAUACACAUUCAGCAAGAGACCUUAUUUAGACAUGUCGUCCACUUCUCAAAAACACAGGAAUUUUGUGGCUGAGCCCAUGGGUGAUAAGCCCGUGUCAGAAUUAGCUGGCAUUGGGAAUGUACUUGGACAGAGACUAGCUGACGAGGGAUUUGAUAAGGCUUAUGUUGUGCUUGGCCAGUUUCUGGUACUGAGGAAAAAUGAAGAACUGUUCAAAGACUGGUUGAAAGAUGUCACUGGAGCCAAUUCAAAACAAUCAAAUGAUUGUUAUACCUGUUUGAAGGAGUGGUGUGAGGCCUUCCUGUGAUUGCUAAAUUUUCUUCACUCUGCUUCGUUAAGUUAAUGUCUUCUGUUUUUAAUGUCCAGUCACUGACUGUGUUCAUGUAUAUAUGCCGUGGAACUUUUUCCUGCCAUGUGUUACUCAUUAGGCAUUUAUCAUUUCUCAUUACCUUUAGGCAACUCAUAUUGUCUCACAUCUAAUUUUUAGCACAUCUGACAUACAAGAGAUUUGUAGAAUUAGAAGGAAUAGACAAUUUGAUACAUGCAAUUUGAAUUGACUUGUGUAGUCUGUAUCAUUCUGUGUAGACACCUUGUUAUACUGUAGGCACGGUUUCAGUUAGAUUCAUGUAUCACUGGUAGUUCUGCCAAAAUUACAAGUAACUGAGGACAACUUUUAGUCAGACUAUGUACAUAUUUUUGAAGUUUGUUCACCAUAUUUUGCCACUGCAUAUCAUUUUUGCUCGUCGUAGAAACCAAAAGUAAAGACCAUGGUGAUCUUAUAAGCAAUUAGUUAAAUAAAUGCAUUUUUGAAUGCACUUAAAUUUGUGAACAUUUUGUUCUCUAGAGUAAGAAAUUGUAUAGAGAAAACCUUACAGUCAUUGCUUGUUUCUUUCAUGUGAUAGAAGCAAAGGAAACUAUAAAAAAUUCUUUGUAUUUUAUGUUAAACAGAAGCAUUUUAACAUAACUGCUUUAUGAUUGGUGGAGGUACUUCAGUAUGAAACAAUUUGACAUUGUAAUAGUCCUAAUACUUGUGUAUUAUUAAGCAUUGUAAUCAUGGGUAAGAGAAAGUCAUACAUUUUUCAAUGUGUUGUGAAGUUUUGUAGUUCUGUCGAACACA